ACCAACAAAAACUACUGAAGUUUCAAUUCAAUUCAUGACCCUUGUCUUUCUCAAUUCUUCUUCUCCAAAACUUUUUCUCCCAUCAAGUUCCCAUUUGAUCCCUCUCCCUCAUCAAGUUCCCCUUUUUAUGUCAGUACCCCAUGUCAAACUUCAAACUUGAGUCCUGUACAGUCGAAACAUCAGAUGGGGUGAAGCUCCACGCAAGAGUGUUCAAACCCAGAGAAGAAAAGGACUCAAAAGAUGACAACUUGGUGAUUGUUUUGGUACACCCGUACUCAGUCUUGGGCGGCUGCCAAGGCCUCCUGAAAGGCAUAGCUUCAGGGCUGGCUGUCAAGGGUUACAGGGCUGUAACUUUUGACAUGAGAGGUGUCGGGAAGUCCACAGGAAGAGCUUCUCUUACUGGCUUUGCUGAAGUUAAGGAUGUAGUUGCUGUCUGCAAAUGGGUCUGUGAGAAUCUCUCCACUGAUAGGAUCUUGUUGGUGGGUUCUUCCGCAGGUGCUCCAAUUGCAGGUUCUGCAGUUAAUGAGAUUCCGCAAGUUGUGGGCUAUGUAAGUUUGGGGUACCCUUUUGGUAUGCUAGCUUCAAUCCUAUUUGGGCGACACCAUAAAAAUAUCCUUGAAACUCCAAAGCCGAAACUAUUUGUUAUGGGAACUCGGGAUGGGUUUACCAGUGUAAAACAGCUGAAGAACAAGCUGUCUUCUGCAGAGGGGCGGGUUGAAACUCAUCUUAUCGAAGGAGUAAGCCACUUCCACAUGGAAGGGCCUGAAUAUGAUGCCCAGAUGGUGACUCUUAUCCUUGAAUUCAUUGCAUCCCUGUAGUACUAUAAACAACUUAUUGGAGAAGUGCUUGUGCAGAAUUGCUUUUCCUAAAAUUACUUUUCCAUAUAAAUGAACUUAUGUCCAUUCUGUGUA